AUGGCGUCAUCAAGCACACCAGAAGCUCAAGAUACCAGCUACGUCGAAAUGCACGACAAAAACGAAGCCGCGCUGAUCGGCAAGCACUGCGAAUAUGACUACUGCAACCAACUCGACUUUCUCCCUUUCUUCUGUCAGUCAUGCCGAAAGACAUUUUGUCUCGAUCACCGAAGCGAAGGGGCACAUAAAUGUACAAAUCCCGGUGCGUGGGCGGAGCGAAAGCGCCAGAGAGAGCUUGCGCAGCCAAGCAUUGGACAAGGAAAGAUUCUAAGGGACAAGGUGUCCCAAAAGCCUUGCGCAUCGCCCGAAUGCAAGACCACAAUCGGUACAUCUUUGACGCCUGGUGUACACUGCCAAACGUGUAACAGAGAUUACUGCCUGAAGCAUCGUCUAAAGGAGGACCACAAUUGCAGUAAUCUGAUACCCAUCGGGGCCCGGCCUAUGCAAUUCGAUGUUGGCCAGAAGACAAAGACGGCAUUCGACAAACUGCGGGCAUGGGGUACAGCAAAGAAAGAGCAAGCUGGCAGAGCUUUGCCCAAACCAAAGCCAAGCUCUGCCUCGGCACGUAUAAUUGCCGUGAACAACCUAAAGAAGACAGCCAAGGGCGAUGACAAGACACCUGUUGAGAAGAGAGUGUAUAUCUAUGUGGAAGCCGAGGCAGAAACAGCAAAAGCCAAGUUUCCUAAGGGGGAGUUCUUCUACAACAAAGAUUGGGUUGUAGGCCGAGUUCUGGAUGCUGCAGCAAGGAGCUUACAGGUACAAAACAUCAACAAUCAAAGCUCAGAUGAGAAGGACAAGCUUCGCGUCUUCCACGUUGAGGGAGGUAGAAUUUUGGAGUAUAACGAAAAGGUUGGAACGGCGUUACAGAGUGGAAAUACUGUGGUUUUGUUGCGUGGCGUUGGGCCAGCUACCCCAGACCUGAUUGAGGCGUGA